AUGGCCAGCGAAGAAGAAAAUCGGCGUCCUGAGCGUCUUUGCCCCAGAGGUAAAUGUGCCAAUUCCCGUCAGACUCUACGCGUCGCUAUAAACCUAAAAACAUUGAUCGAUCAGGUGGUCCCAACAACACUUCACGAAAAAGAAAUCACCGAUUCUCAUUCACCCGUAUUGAAUAGAAAUGUGAUCGAACUCGUCUACCGUGCCGCAGGCGGGGCUGGCGACGGGAAGAAGGGCACCACAUCUUAUAAGUAUAGAUCGUGUUUGGUGUUUUCUUUGUUGAAAGUUACUGGAUGGUACUGGCAACAGGCAGAAUAUGAGCUAUCUGAUAACGAGCUUUAUUCUUUGAGAGCUACCGCCGCCCAAACGUUAGCUGCAAUUCUCAUUGAGGAGGCCCGAGACGACGAGUUCCUCUUUUUGGCCAUGCUUUGUCAUAGAUACCUGAUGCACGUGUGCGAAAAGGACUCUAGCCCUGUAAGCGCGUUGGAACUCGCUGUUGAUAUGCACUCUACGAUUGUAAUUGGGUCCUCAGGGUAUCAGAGAUGUAUAAAGUGGCUCUGGAGGGGCUGGAUUGUACAAUCUUCUGAAGACCCACAAUCUUACGUGCUAUACCGAGGGGUUUCCUCGUCUCGAAUCUGGAUUCAUUUCAAUCCUGAGAGAAUUAAAACACCUGCGUACCAGAACAAGUUGGAGAUUAUUGUCAGCUUCUUAUACUUGACUCUUUACACCUUUAUUCUCAAUACCAACCAGGUGGAGACCAGUCCGGUCAAUAUCGCGGAGGGAAUAUUUUAUGUGUUCACGUUGGGCGCAAUAUUAGACGAGUUGACUAAGCUUUAUCACGUCGGGUUAAACUAUAUUGGCUUCUGGAAUGUCUUCAACGAUACGAUGUAUGGCAUCAUAAGUGUUGCUAUUGCCUUCCGUUUUGUAUCGUUGUCAAAUCACGGCAGGGUGAGAGAUCACUAUGAUGAAAUGAGCUUUCGUAUACUAUCAUGUGCAGCGCCCUUGAUGUGGUCUCGCUUGUUAUUGUAUUUGGAUGCACAACAAUUUGUUGGUGCAAUGCUUGUCGUCAUCAAGACAAUGAUGAAGGAAUCCAUUCUCUUCUUUGUGUUGUUUGCAGUUGUGAUUCUUGGGUUCUUGCAAGGGUUUUUGGGUCUAGAUGCGUCCGACGGAAAGUCGGAAGCCACCAAGAAAAUAUUGGCAUCGUUGAUCAAUGCCGUUAUUGGGGAGGCUGGGUUGAAGGACGUGCUGGACCUUGUGCCUCCAUACGCCUCGGUGUUGUACUACAUCUAUUCAUUUGUGCUCACUGUUAUUUUGAUGAACAUCCUCAUUGCUCUUUACUCGACAUCAUAUGCAGCCAUUGUGGAAAACGCCACUGACGAGUACUUUGCAUUGGUGGCGCAAAAGACAUUGAGGUACAUCCGGGCGCCAGACUCAAACUUGUAUGUGCCCCCUUUCAACCUCAUUGAGACGCUUUUCAUGCCGUUGUCUUACAUCAUCUCCGCGAGCAACUACAAAAUCCUCAACCAUUACACUAUGCUCAUUCUAUAUUCGCCCAUGUUGAUGUACAUAACGGUGGAUGAGCUUUCGAACGCGAAAAGAAUCCAGUACAACCGGUUCAGGGGUGUGGCAGACGAUGCCAACGAGAUCAAUACCGAAUGGGACUUGACGGAUGGCUUCGACGAUGAUAUAGACGGCUCGGGAUGGGAGAACAUCCGAAAUCAUUCUGUUGAGGUCAACCGCGUGGUGCAGAAUCAAAGAGCAGCAGAGGCCGAAGAUCCCGAGUUUUCAAUCGACCUCGAUGAGUUCCACAGGGAUAUUCAGAAACUGGCUCAACCUGUAAUGAAGGCUAGCGAUAUGGGGAUUAAAUGGGAGUUAUUUGGCCUCUACCAGAAAAUAGAGGAGCUUACAAGCUUGGUCUCGGCCGUGGUAGAAGAGAACAAAGUGCUCAGAGAGAAGGCCUCGGGCGAAGGCAAAGAUUCUGCUACGUGA